AACUAUAAACAACGCUUCUGACCUCAAUCACUUUAACAAUUGAACCCCGACUUAAGAACAAGCACAUUGGCAAUAAUGCUAGUAAAAAUUUUAUCUGUGAUUUUAGCAAUUACGUUCAUUAACAAUGUGGCCAGUGAAAUUGGAUACGCAGUACCGGAGCCAAAAAUCGACAUUUUCGAUACUAAAGGCUUUAGAGUAUCCAUUCCGGAUGGAUUCGGACUGGAACUGUUCGCUUUCCAUGGGAAAAUUAACGAACCCAUGAAUGGACUGGAGGCUGGACAGUUUUCGAAGGACAUCCUGAUGAAAUGUGGCGAUUUGUGGGUUUUUGAAGAUAACACCGAAAAAUUGGUGGUUGGAAAUACACUUUACUAUUGGUUGUUCGUUAUCAGGAACAGGUUGGGGCAUCGGUAUGAUAAUGGGAAAUUUGUUGUUCGAGACAUAACUAGUUACAGUCCCUUGUCUUGCCAAUCUACAGCUACCGAGCCACCUAAAGACUCUUGGAUUUUCAACGACACUUACUUGAACAAUUUGGAGCACAAUCCUUUAUUCGAUGUUCGGUCACUUGAAGGACUUACUGGCUCUGUGGGUUUGAAAAAAUCCGAAAAACGAGACGUUGAAAUCUCUGUAUGUUGUGACCUAUUUUUAAACCUGUCCCAUCGUCUGGUGGGUGUGGGUAUUGAGAAUCAGAAACUCAUGGAAGAGAACCGGAUUUUAACCGAGCUGGUUGAACGAGAUGAGUAUUCUGCCAAAAAUCUGAGACUGUUUGGGAAUUACCCGGAAACCUAUUAUCCGACUCCAAAAGACUUUGCUCAGAAUCUGCUCAGAGAAAAGCUGCAACUUUACAAUGUGCGAGUGGUGACAGCGAAAACCAUCCCUGGAGAUGGCAUCAGUUUUACCGUGGAAACUCUAAGAGAUAAAAUUAAUGUAAUUUUGGCAGCGAAGUCGGGACUGAUGGGUUCGAACUUCGAACUAUUAUGGUAGAUGUUGCAUGAUUUGCAGGCUUUUCAAUUGAAAUAAACAUAUUGAAAAUGC